AUGACUGAGGAGAUUUAUGUUAACCUUGUGAGAGGUGACGUGUCAUCCCGUGCUGCUAGUUUGAACGGAGACGAAAAUGAGGGACCAUCUGAGGUAUUUCUCAGCGUGGUUGUUCACCAGUGUCAGGUUGGUCUCAGUUUCUAUGACAGUAGAGACUGUACCCUGCAUUUCAUGCCUGACACGGUGGAUAACCGGGAUCUUCACCUGCUGGACAGAGUGAUUCAGGAGAUCAGUCCUCACGUCGUCAUCACAAGUGCGAAGCAGGAGCGAAACAUGGCCGAGUUUAUCAAAAGACUUGGAUCAAAUCCAGACUACAGACCAGAAAUUGUGGUGUAUCCCAGUGCUGACUUUGGGCUGGAGGUCAGUAAACAAAGGCUCAUGUCAGCACAUCUCCCUUUUCUUCCUGCAUCCGUCACUGAGAAAGAACGAAUCCCGUAUCUGUCCUCCUGCAUCUCGCUUGACUCGGUGACAAUGCUGAGGAGCAUAGGAGGGCUCCUGAAAUGUCUGGACAGGAGAAGAGUUGGGGUUGAACUGGAGGACAGCAGUGUGGGGGUUCCCAUAUUACAGUUACUUGCCUACACACUAACUGAUGUGGUAUACAUGGACAGAGACACAUACAGCGUUCUCCAGAUUUUCAAAGCAGAGCUGCACCCUUCUGUGUACAAGCUCCAGUCUGGAGUGAAGGAGGGUCUGAGCCUCUUCGGUAUACUGAAUCACUGCAGAUGCAAGUAUGGCUCCAAACUUUUACGGCAGUGGUUCCACAGGCCCACCAGAGACAUGAACGUGUUGAGGAGAAGACAGGAGGUGGUUCGUUUCUUUACGUCUCCUCGAAACUCUGAUGUUAUGAACACACUGCAGAACUUCCUGCGCAACAUCAGGAAUAUUCCGACUUUGCUAUACAAAAUGUCUCUGUCUCAUACCAAAGGCAGUGACUGGAGGAAUCUCUACAAGACUGUGUACAGUGCUGUGGGGAUCAGAGACACAGUACGGUCUCUCCCGCAGACCAUCCAGCUCUUUCGAGAGAUCAGUAAAGACUUUACAGAUGACCUCGACUACAUCGCCACACUCAUCAGCAAAGUGGUGGAUUUUGAAGGGAGUUUUGCCGAGAACCAUUUCACCAUUAGGCCAAAUGUUGACCCUGCCAUUGAUGAAAAGAAAAGAAGGAUGAUGGGCUUGUCAGACUUUCUGACAGAUGUGGCCCGAGCUGAGCUGGAGAAUCUGGACUCUCGUUUUUCUACAUGCAGCGUCAUUUACAUCCCUCUGAUCGGGUUCCUUCUUUCAGUACCACGGCUGCCUGACAUGGUGGAGAAGGAGAACUUUGAGAUUGCAGGCCUUGAUUUUAUUUUUGUGUCAGAAGAACGGCUUCAUUAUCGCAGUGCUAGGACUAAAGAGCUGGACGACAUGCUGGGUGACCUGCACUGUGAUAUCAGAGACAUGGAGACAGCAGUGAUGACGCAGCUCCAAGCUGCUGUGCUGCAGCGCAGCAACUGUCUCUACAAAAUUCUGUCCCGGUGUGCUGAGCUCGACUGUCUUAUGGCAUUGGCAAAGGCCUCCCAGGACUAUGGCUACUGCUCCCCUACACUGACACCACACAGCAGACUGAUGCUGCAUCAAUCCCGGCAUCCUCUACUAGAGCUAUGCACACCAGUAUUUGUGUCAAAUCCAUGCAUCAGUUCUGAGACUGAGGGAAAAGUGAAGGUGCUAACAGGGCCAAACUCUUCUGGCAAGAGCAUAUACCUAAAACAGGUUGGAUUGAUUGUGUUCAUGGCCCUGAUUGGCUCUGAUGUGCCUGCAAAAGAGGCUGAGAUCGGUCUGGUAGAUGCCAUCUUCACUCGUAUGCAUAGUCGUGAGUCUGUGUCCGUGGGCUUGAGCACCUUCAUGAUAGAUCUAAACCAGAUGGCUCAGGGUUUGAACCACAGCACUGGUAUGUCCCUUGUGCUAGUGGAUGAGUUUGGCAAAGGAACCAAUACGGUUGAUGGUUUAUCACUCCUGGCUGCGUGUUUGAAUCACUGGUUAUGCAAAGCUCCAGCUGAGUGUCCUCUCGUUUUUCUUGCGACAAACUUUCACAGUGUUCUGCAGCUGGGCCUCCUGCCUUGCUCUCAACUGCUCUCCCUGCUGACAUUAGAGACUACUGUAGAUGGGGAGGAGUUGGUCUUUCUUUACCAGCUGAGAGAGGGUAUUUGCCAGUCCAGCUAUGCUGCAAACAUUGCCACACUGGCUGGCCUGCCACCUGCUCUGGUGCAGAGAGGAGUGGAGGUAUCAGAUUUAUAUAGAACCGGAAGGACCAUCAAGAGGAUUGACCAGCCCUCAAGUAAUGAACAAAUCAGCAGAUGUGAAAGAGUGGUGGAGAAGUUCCUCACCCUUGAUCUGGAUGACCCUUCAGUGGACUUACAGGACUUUUUGAAAGAGGAGCUGCUGCCAACUGUUGGAGAAGUACUGUAA